GACAGAUUGUGGAGAAAGAAGGGCACUUCCUGAGCAGAAGCAUACUAUCAAGAGACAGGCCCAAAUCCACUGUACCAACCCUUAACCCCCCAUCUGUAGGACAUUCCAGCCUUCCGGUAAAAGAGGCUCCCAAAUUCCCUUCAUAAUGAACUGGCACCUGAUAAUCUCUGUGCUUAUUAUAGUGGUGCUUAAAGCUGUUGGAGUGACCUUAUUUCUGCUGCAUUUCCCACAGACUUUUUGGAAAAGUAAUGAUGGCAUCAUUCCUACUGGGAGCUACGGAGCAGAUAAUGUGCAUAAUGUCUCAGAGAUUUUUGGGAGCAGCACUAACAACAUCAUUCCCACGAGGAGCUAUGGAACAGUCUGCCCCCCAUAUUGGAAGAAAUUCCAUCAAAGAUGUUUCUUCUUAUCUACCUCUGAAUUAACUUGGAACAACAGUAGGGAUGAUUGUGCAAAAAGAGGAUCCACUUUGGCAAUUGUUGACACGCCAGAUAAACAGAAAUAUCUCCAAGAUGAAGCUGGUCCUGAGAAGUACUUUAUUGGCUUAAUGUAUAAGCCUGCAGAGAAAAUGUGGCGCUGGAUCAACAAAUCUGUGUUCAAUGGCAAUGUUACCAACAAGAAUCAGAACUUCAACUGUGUCACCAUAGGCCUGUCAACAACAAUGGACGCUGCAUCCUGUGAUGUCCCCUACCGCUGGAUCUGUGAGAUUAUUCCUAAAUGAUGACAGUCUUCUUUGACAAGAACCAAUAUACUUACAGACACAGCAAAAGAGAAUGGCUACAAUUGGGACUGGUACAGGAAACACAGAACAUCAAGUCAGGGUGUCAGCCUGCCACAGGUUACUGGCAGAGUGCCUAAUGAAUCCACAGGGCUAAUGCACUUCCCCUUCACGCCAUGAAAACUUCUCAGUCCUGAGCCACCCAUGACCGCAGCCUAAACUGCAUUUCCUGCAAGAGCUGAAAUUGACUCUGUGGAACCUCACAGUUCAUCUAUUCUGUGAUUUGUUUAUGUAUCUGUCCACCAGUAGAGGUCCUUACCUGUUUAGGAAAAUGAGCUUCUGUACUCUGCUUUGAGGGACUGGAUGCUAAUCACCUCCAGGAGACAGAGCCAGUUUUAUGGAAACAACACUGGUGACAGGGAAAUGACAUCUGUUUCUAUAGAACUGAGCAUUCCUGACUGAUCCACAGGGUCUGUCCUGUUAAAGUUUGUUUCAUGCACAGAGCACAUGACCAUGCUACCAGAGAGAAACUGCAGACUGGGCAGUCAUGAGCAUUAUUUAAAUGGUAGAAUCAAUCACUAGGAAAGGGAUGAACUCAGGCUCUGUACCCUUAUCUCUAUUGCCAAGAGACCCUUAUUCACAUGCCUCUACCAAAACCAAAAAAAGUAGAUGCUCUUUGUCUACAUUGGGGCCAAGACUUGAGGGCAUUUAUAGCUCAUAGAACUGAGCUUGGAACAGAAAGAACAUUGCUGAUAGGACUGGGGAAGGAUCCAGACAGGACAGGAAUCUGUUCAAGAGUUCCCUCUGAAGAGAAUUAGAUGUCACCAUGGCUAAGCAAACCAGAUCUCUGCUUAACAUAGCCCUGAGGAGACACUCAAGCUAAAAAUUUUCUUGUUCUGGUAUGAAACUCAAUGAUAGCAUAUAUAACUCAUGUGUAAUAAAAAUUUGGGCAGGCAGAUUCCUUUCGAUGUGCAGGCUCUGAUGCCCUAGCAGUACUUAAAAAUUUUAAGGCUUGAGGAUCUUUUAGACUUCGAUGGCCACAAAACAUUCUUUCAGUACUAGAGAGACCCUAACAACAGGUUCUGACCCAAAGAAGCCUUGCCAUUAGUUGGCAUUAUACUGGUCCUGCUAGCCAAAGAAUAAGAAUAGUAGGUAGAGGCAAGAAAUAAGCAUGGAAAGAAAGAAAUUACCAGGGACAAAGGAAAAUAAUAUAAGAAAUGGGAGUUCAUUUUUCCAUAGCGGAAGAAAAAAUAAAGUAGUGAAAUAGGUGGAAUACUUUGGUCAUUUUCUCCAUGGAAAAGAAGAUAGUAGCUACACAUACACCUUAGAAUACACAAAAUAGAAAAAGAUGUUCCUUGUAUGUCCUGAGUAGCAAGAGUUAAACCAUAGGAAUGGCUACAAAAUCUACUGGAAAUCAGUCACCUGAGUGAUCACUUUACCAUUUCCAUCAUUAACAAUGUGCUUCAAUA